AUGGCUUCCUUUGCUAAACACAUUCCCUUGCUCUUGCUGCUUAUUGCCCUCUUGUCUAAUGUUUCUGCAGGGAGUUAUGGAGAAGAUGACUAUGGGGUUUCCAAGCAAGAAGAGGGAGAGCCAAGCUUCUUCCCGAAUACUGGAGACAACUAUGGGCUUGGCAACAGCCCUUCCACCUUAGCGAGCAGUGAUGAUGCCAAUGAUGAUGCUGACCUUAGGAAGUCCAUGGAAGCCUAUGAACGAGGCAUAAAAUAUGCCAAGUUGAUGAUGAUGAAUGGGAUGAAUAAUUAUGGUGUUAAGGCUGUUGAUAACAAUGAUGAUGACGACGACGAGGACGACGAUCUUAUGAAGUCCUUGGAUGCAUAUGGACAAGGCAUCAAAUAUGCCAAGCUUGUAAAGAGUCAGAUGAAUAACUAUGAUGUUAAGGCCAUCAACAACAACAAUGAUGAUGAUGACGAGGACGACGAUCUUAUGAAGUCCUUGGAUGCAUAUGGACAAGGCAUCAAAUAUGCCAAGCUUGUAAAGAGUCAGAUGAAUAACUAUGAUGUUAAGGCCAUCAACAAUAACAAUGAUGAUGAUGAUGACGACGAGGACGACGAUGACGACUAUCUUAAGUCCUUGGAUGCCUAUGGACAAGGCAUUGAAAAUGCCAAACUUGUAAAGAAUCAAAUGAAUAAUUAUGGUGUUAAGGCCGUCGACAUCAACAAUAAUAAUAAUGUUGAUGAUGAAGACGAUCUUAAAAAGUCCUUGGAUGCCUAUGGACAAGGCAUUGAAUAUGCCAAACUUGUAAAGAAUCAUAUGAAUAAUUAUGGUGUUAAGACCAUUGAUGACAACCAUGAUGAUGAUGAGGACUUGCCAUGA